AUGAUUCAAACGCAAAGUACAGCGAUCAAACGACGUAAUUCUGUUCAUAAAAACCUCUUUGAUCCAUCACUGUAUCAAAUACCAGAACCACCACGUGGGGGGUUCCAACACCAAAAAAAAGAAUACAGUAAGGAGACAUUCAGUAAUCAAGUCUUUGGAUAUGAUAUUACUAGCCUUAAAAAAAGAUUCACGCAACUAUUUCCUAGUAAUAUACAAGGGUACUUACCUGAAGUUGACCUAAGAAUAACCAUUAUUUGUUCUAUAUGGUACGUCACGUCAUCUAUUUCAAGUAACCUAUCUAAAGCCAUUUUAAGAACUUUCAACCAUCCCAUAGCUCUCACAGAAUUGCAAUUUCUUGUUAGUGCUGUUCUAUGUGUUGGAUUUGCUUCCAUCGUAAAUUUAUUCCGACUACCUCGUUUGAAGCAUACGAAGUUUUCAAAGGCACUCAAUAGUUUCCCUGACGGUAUCCUUCCUGAAUAUCUCGAUGGCAAUUUCAGGAGUUCUAUCCUGCACAAGUUUUUAGUUCCCUCAAAGCUGGUUUUGAUGACCACUUUCCCUAUGGGAAUAUUCCAAUUUAUUGGUCAUAUCACAUCGCACAAGGCGGUAUCUAUGAUACCAGUAUCACUAGUGCAUUCCGUGAAGGCAUUAUCCCCAAUAAUAACAGUUGGCUACUAUAAAUUUUUCGAACAUCGUUAUUACAAUUCCAUGACUUAUUAUACCUUGUUACUUUUAAUUUUUGGCGUUAUGACUACUUGCUGGUCAACACAUGGCAGUAAGAGGGCUUCAGAUAACAAAAGCGGAUCUUCAUUAAUCGGGUUGCUUUUUGCCUUUAUUUCCAUGAUAAUAUUUGUAGCACAGAAUAUUUUUGCAAAGAAUAUUUUAACCAUCAGAAGGAAGGUAGGAAUACUGCCGUCUUCUUCUACGGAUGACGUCACGUCGAAGGAAGGGCAACCGAGUCUAGACAAAACAAGAUUUUCUCCAUUGCAAGUGGAUAAGAUUACCAUAUUGUUCUACUGCUCCUGCAUUGGGUUUUCUUUAACCCUAUUACCUUUUUUAACCGGCGAAUUAAUGCAUGGCGGUAGCGUUAUCAACGAUUUAACGCUAGAAACAGUAGCCCUUGUAGCGAUUCAUGGAAUAGCCCAUUUUUUCCAAGCAAUGCUUGCUUUCCAGUUGAUCGGUUUACUAUCUUCCAUUAAUUAUUCGGUAGCAAACAUCAUGAAGAGGAUUGUUGUUAUAUCCGUGGCACUCUUUUGGGAAACAAAGUUAAAUUUUUUUCAGGUGUUUGGUGUUAUCUUGACAAUUGCCGGAUUGUACGGUUAUGACAAAUGGGGGCUUUCCAAAAAAGAUGGACGUCAGGCAUAA